AUGUCGAAAGCUAAAAAAGUUAUUGAGGAAGCGAAGGAAAUUAAUAAUCCUGAAAUAGAUUUAGUGGAUAAAGGAAUUUCUAGUCUGGACGAGAUACCAGGCUUAUUUAGCCUUGAAAACAUAACACGCUUGACUCUUAGUCAUAACAAAUUGCAAGUAGUACCAGCGGGCUUGGCAAAUCUUAUAAACUUGGAGAUUUUGAACCUUGCCAACAAUCAUAUUGAAGAAUUGCCUGUCAGCUUAUCAUCAUUGCCCAAACUCCGCAUCCUCAAUGUGUCUCUCAACAGAUUGUAUACAUUGCCACGAGGGUUUGGGGCGUUUCCCGUACUUGAAAUAUUGGAUGUCACUUACAACAACUUGAAAGAGACUACUUUACCUGGAAACUUCUACAUGAUGGAAAGUUUAAGAGCAUUAUAUUUGGGUGACAAUGAUUUUGAAUAUCUUCCACCUGAAAUUGGAAACUUGAAGAAUCUUCAAAUACUUUCCAUGAGGGAAAAUGAUCUUAUUGAAGUGCCUCGUGAACUGGGACAGCUAUCAAGGUUGAGAGAAUUGCAUUUGCAAGGAAACAGGCUUGUUGUGCUGCCACCAGAAAUUGGGUCCCUGGAACUUGCAAGCAAUAAAUCAGUGCUGAGAUUGGAGGGUAACUUUUGGGUGCCUCCCAUUGAAGACCAGCUCAAAUUGGGGCCUUCACAUGUUCUGGACUAUCUGCGCUCAGAGACUUAUAGAGUUCUGUACAGUCGGCAUAUGUCUGCGAAGCCACCACCACCAGCACAGACACUCGACAAAAGCAAAAAGGCGAGCCGAAUGCGAUAG